GGGGCCAGCCUGAUGCCCUGUCUCUGUGUGAGAGGGGGCCAGCCUGAUGCCCUGUCUCUGUGUGAGGGGGCCAGCCUGAUGCCCUGUCUCUGUGUGAGAGGGGGCCAGCCUGAUGCCCUGUCUCUGUGUGAGGGGGCCAGCCUGAUGCCGUGUCUCUGUCUCUCACCUGUUGCUGCGUCGUGCAGCGGUGGCCUCUGUCUGAGACAGCUGGCCCAGAGAGAGGCUGCGGAGGUCUGUGAGUACGCCAUGAGUCUGGCCCGCAACAAGGACAGCACGGACUCAACCACCGUCAAUCUGAACAUCACAGAGACUGGUUUGGAGGGGGUUCUGUUUGGAAUGCUGGACCGGGAGACGGACAGGAAGCUUUGUCACGACAUCCAUGAUACUCUGGGCCACAUGCUCUCCUCGCUCGCCGUGGACAAGCUCUCUCAUUGGUUGAAGCUCUGCAAGGAUGUCCUGGCUGCUACGACAGAGGCUGGAGGAGGGGUUGUGGCGCCGGUAGAUCUGGGUAAAGAAGAGGACGACUCGGAGAAGCAGGAUGAGAUCGACGAUGACAUCAUGUUUACGGCGCUGGGAGAGGACAAUAACGCCAAGCCGUCUGUGGCGCCGCGCUGGGUGACCCGUGUGUUCGCCGCAGACUGUCUGUGUCGCAUCAUACUGCUGUGUGAGAACGCAGACAAGACCCACUUUGACCUGGCCGGCGCACGCACUGCUAAGGCCAAGAACCCUAAAGGUGAUCUGUUGGUCCUCCACCUCUCUGACCUGAUUCGCAUGGCCUUCAUGGCGGCUACAGACAGCAGUAACCAGUUGAGGAUGGCUGGUCUUCAGGCUCUGGAAGACAUUAUUAAGAAGUUUGCCUCUGUUCCGGAGCCAGAGUUCCCAGGUCACGUGAUCCUGGAGCAGUACCAGGCGAACGUUGGAGCUGCUCUUAGACCAGCGUUCUCCCCAGAUACACCUUCUGACAUCACGGCUAAGGCAUGCCAGGUGUGCAGUACGUGGAUCGGUAGUGGUGUGGUCAGUGACCUGAAUGAUCUUCGCGUCGCACCACAAUCUCCUGGUAUCCUCGCUGGACAAGGUGCAGGCUGGGAAGGGUUCCUCCAGCCAGCUGUACAGUGAGAGUGCUACCACCAUGGAGAAAUUGGCCGUGCUGAAGGCCUGGGCU